UAUUGAAUUAACAAAAAUUGAUUUAUUUGCUUCUUACGAUAUUAGUCGACUUGAAGUGAUAACUAGAUUUUAUCUUAUCAAAUACAAUACAAAUUCUGAACAAUUUUGGACUUUUUGAACAUGCAACGGGUACGUUUCGUUUGAAACACAUCGAAAGAAAAUUUUUGGAAAAUUGUGAAUAAUUAUUUAGUCAUUUUAUUUUCUAUUUUUAUUGUUCAAGCAAAGCCAUAAAUUUAGUCUUCCUUUUCGCUGUUGUUCUUGUUAUUGUUGUUUAGAUUCCACAUUAAAGAUGGAAGAUGAGAACAGUAUGGACGUAGUGAGUUACGGUUCAGUAAAUGUGGACAAUAUUUGCUAUGUGAAUCGUUUUCCAAAGACGGGCGAGACUGUACACGCUGAUAAAUUUGAAACGGGAUUUGGAGGUAAAGGUGCAAAUCAAUGUGUGGCCGCUGCCCGUUUGGGCGCAAGCGCCGCUCUUGUGGCUAAAGUGGGCAAUGAUAAUUGGGGUGCAGACUACCUAAAAAAAUUGCGUUCGGAAAAUGUUAACGUGGAUUAUGUGAAACAAUGUGCGGGCUUGCCUACAGGUUUCGCCCAGAUCACUGUAUCGAAAGAGGGGAAUAAUCAAAUAAUUAUCGUUAAGGGAGCUAACGCAGAAUUAAAUAGAGCAGACGUGCGCACCGCUAAACAUCUUUUUGAAAAAUCAAAGAUUUUAUUGUGUCAGUUGGAAACACCAAUAGAAGGGACAUUGGCAGCCUUGCAUAGCUUUAAGGGCAUAUCAAUUCUUAAUGCAGCUCCAGCUCUAAAGGAUAUGCCAGUAGAUUUAAUAAAAGCCGCUUCUAUAUUGUGUGUAAAUGAAACCGAGGCUGCUUUAAUAACUAAAAGGGUCGAUAUAACAGAUGUUCAACAAGCUGAAAGCGCCGCUAAAGAGCUUCUAGAUAUGGGUGCAAAAUGUGUAAUUAUAACAUUAGGUGCUAAGGGUGCCAUUUAUGCCGACAAUACCGAGAAUUUCCAGUGCACACACAUUGCUGCGAAUAAAGUCGGAACUGUAGUAGAUACUACUGGUGCGGGUGAUAGCUUUUUGGGUGCGCUAGCUUAUCAUAUGACCAAACAUUCUAAAAUGGACAUGAAAAGUCAUAUUACUUUCGCUUGUCGGGCUGCUGCAUUUUCUAUACAAUCGCCUGGGACACAGUCCAGCUUUCCCUUUGCUAGUGAUAUGAAAAGCUUCGAUAAAUAAAUUUUUCUCUUGCAACUUAAGUAAACUUAGUAAAGCGUUGAAAA